AUCUACAGGGAAAAGGCUUGGAGAGGUGUGUUUCUGACAAGCCAGAAAGUCACCCGCACUACGAGGGACUUUGUUUAACUCUUUUUUUUUGUUGUUUUUUUUUUUGUUGUUGUUGUUUUUUCUGUAAGGAGGGGGAUUCUUCAUUUUUCGCACUUAAUGUUUUUCUGCAAACUUCGCUGAGAUUUUCCCCUUGGACUAAUGGAUUACCACCUGCUUGGACUAAUUUUAUCUUUUCUCUUCAAUGGCACAAAGGUCUUAGCCGGUUACCCAAUUUGGUGGUCCCUCGCUCUAGGUCAGCAGUACAGCUCCCUGGGGUCCCAGCCCAUCCUCUGCGGCUCCAUCCCUGGCCUCGUCCCCAAGCAGCUCCGCUUCUGCCGCAACUACAUCGAGAUCAUGCCCAGCGUGGCCGAGGGCGUGAAGUUGGGCAUCCAGGAGUGCCAGCACCAGUUCCGGGGCCGCCGCUGGAACUGCACCACCAUCGACGACAGCCUGGCCAUCUUUGGGCCCGUCCUGGACAAAGCCACGCGAGAGUCCGCCUUCGUCCACGCCAUCGCGUCGGCCGGGGUGGCCUUCGCCGUCACCCGCUCCUGUGCCGAGGGCACGUCCACCAUCUGUGGCUGUGACUCCCACCACAAGGGACCUCCGGGAGACGGCUGGAAAUGGGGGGGAUGCAGCGAGGACGCCGACUUCGGCGUGCUGGUGUCGCGGGAGUUCGCGGACGCCCGAGAGAACCGCCCGGACGCCCGCUCGGCCAUGAACAGGCACAACAACGAGGCCGGCAGGACGACCAUCCUGGACCACAUGCACCUGAAGUGCAAGUGCCACGGUCUCUCGGGAAGCUGCGAGGUCAAGACCUGCUGGUGGGCCCAGCCUGAUUUCCGGGCAAUUGGCGACUACCUGAAGGAUAAAUACGACAGCGCUUCUGAGAUGGUGGUUGAAAAGCACCGUGAAUCUCGGGGAUGGGUGGAAACUCUUAGGGCCAAGUAUGCUCUUUUCAAGCCACCAACGGAGCGGGAUCUGGUCUACUAUGAGAACUCCCCCAAUUUUUGCGAGCCCAACCCGGAGACGGGCUCCUUUGGGACAAGGGACAGAACGUGCAACGUCACCUCCCACGGGAUCGACGGCUGCGACCUGCUGUGCUGCGGCCGCGGCCACAACACCAGGACUGAGAAGCGGAAGGAGAAGUGUCACUGCAUCUUCCACUGGUGCUGCUACGUGAGCUGCCAGGAGUGCGUACGCGUCUACGACGUCCACACCUGCAAGUAAACGUGGGUAGGUCUCCAACUGACGGGACGUUGCUCCAGAGCAGGGCCGAGGGGCCCAUGGACCCUGUGACCAGCCCCUCCAUGGUGGCCUCACACUUCAGAGGAUGGUAUCAAACAAUCCCAGUGCCCUUGGUCAAGGCAUAUACCCCAACACAGCCCAAACCAGCGCUGUGCGGAAGGGUCCCAGCAUCUCACCCACACAAGGUGGUCCAAGGCUGGACCCAGCGCUGCAGACACGUUAGAUCAUCGAUUCGCUGACUUCUUUUUGGCACGACAGACCGUCUGGGGAGCAGCAGGGACAGCCCAGGUCCCGCGGGGCACAGCCACGCCAAUGUGCUGCCAGUGUCCCCUGGGGUCUGGCCCACGGAGGUGCCAACAUGGGGCUUUAGGGGGAAAUUAAUUUUACGCAGCGAAAGCCGAGCAGACCUGGGCUGCCCUGCCCGCCGCACGGGCACCCUGGUGCCAGCAGAUGUGGUGAGGAGGAGGAAGGAGCCAACCCCUCUAUCACCGGCCAGGCUCCCUCCUGCCUCCUCUAAGAUGGAGGAGAAACAAACCCCUCUGAGCACAGGAACAGAGCCUUAGAGCCGCCUCUCCUCCCACCUUUGCCCACUCUGCUCCCACAGCCCCAAAUCUUCUCCUUUAACCCCCCUCAGGGGUCAGCAGGACACCGGAGACCAGAGCUGAUCCUCUGGCAUUUGGCCCACGAGCAGGUGACAGUGGUGAGGCCACCACCCCUCACAUGGGGACGAGUUCCAGCCGCCCCCUGGCCCUGCAGCUGCCACAGAGGGUGUUUUUAAGGACCUGGGCAGAUCCGCCCCAUUGAUGCACCUGUUUACUAAUUGUUCCCUAAUAUGACUUCAUGUCCCAGAGUGAGCCCAGAGCAUCUCUCUGGGGACAGGGUACCCGCCAGGUGAGCUGCUACACCAGCUCCGAGCAUCAGUAACGGAUGGGGAGACAGAAGCCACGGCAAGGGGUCAUUUCUGUCCAGGCUUCCUUGUCAGCGUUUCCCCUCCAGACUUGGUCAAACCAUUUCCAGCGAGACAAGGGCAGAGGGGACAGGAGAACAUCAUCCUCCAGCACAACCCCAGGCAGAUCCUCUUCUCUUCUCUUCUCUUCUCUUCUCUUCUCUUCUCUUCUCUUCUCUUCUCUUCUCUUCUCUUCUCUUCUCUUCUCUUCUCUUCUCUUCUCUUCUCUUCUCUUCUCUUCUCUUCUCUUCUCUUCUCUUCUCUUCUCUUCUCUUCU